AUGGCGGAUCAUAAGGUGGCUCAGUUGGGGCCUGGAGCUGCGUGCUGCGGCUGGAACCACUGCGGCCGGCGCCUAGCCGCCGGCGCCGUCGAUGGGUCCGUUUCCGUCUACGAUUCUCAGCCGUCCCCCUCCUCCAAGUGGCAGGCCCAUGAGCAUGCCAUAGUGGCUGUCGUCUGGCUUCCUCCGGACUACGGGGAUGCUAUAGCUUGUGUCUGUGCUGACGGUACACUGUCUUUGUGGGAGGAGAUUGCUGAAGAUGAUCAACUUCCAAUCUGGAGAAAAUGUAAAGUCUUUGAGGGUGGCAGUUCCCACAUCCUAAAUGUACAGUUUGGUGUGCUGCUGUCAAGUCUGAAAAUGGUUAUUGCAUACUCAGAUGGUCAAGUGAAAGUCUAUGAACUUUUGGAUUCGUUGGAAUUGGACAAGUGGCAGCUUCAGGCAGAGCUACAGAAUAUUACCGAUCCUGUUUCCAGAAUUGGGAAGCCAGCAUGCAUUUCUGCAUCAAUUGCAUGGAGUCCAAGAAGAGGUGAAGGCCAGCAGGCUAGUUUUGCUAUUGGUUUCAAUUCGGAUUCUCCAAACUUUAACUCUUGCAAGAUUUGGGAGUUUGAAGAAGCUCACCAGCGCUGGCUUCCACUUAUUGAACUUGGUUCACCGGAGGAUAAGGGGGAGAGAGUACAUGCUCUAGCAUGGGCUCCUAACAUUGGCAGACCAUAUGAGAUGAUAGCAGUUGCAACCUGCAAAGGCAUUGCAGUGUGGCAUGUAGGCUUCAACCCUGAAUCUGACGGCAGACUGUCAACAGAGAAUGUUGCUGUACUUCCCAGCCACAAUGGGGAGGUAUGGCAACUGGAAUGGGACAUGGGCGGUAUGACGCUCGCAUCGACCGGAGUGGAUGGCAUGGUUAGGCUAUGGCAAGCCAACUUAAAUGGAGUUUGGCAUGAGCAGGCUGUGCUUGACUGCAAUGGGUCACACCAGUAA